CACAGGGGAUUUGUGUCAAAACUUAGUGAACCUCCUGCCUAGACAGCAUUUUGUGGAUAUCGUUCGGAACUCCCCACGAGUUAAUCAACAGCAUUUUUAGCUCUUACUAGUUGUUCACACACAACCAGUGUGCACGCGAGUUCGUGGAGUGGAGGAGCCCACACACACACACCCACCGGUAAACACACGCCUCGCUUUAAAGCUGGAGAUUUAAAUAAUUUGUUUCAUAUCAGCAAGUGUCUGGCAAAUGGAUUAUUACACUCCUCUGGUGUUUCAGAUGUGUUGGAAAAUAACGCGGUCUAGUAGCAGCCACGCGAGCAAGACUCAGGUGCUCCUCUGAUGUUCUCCAUGAUGUGAUGCAGUGACUUAUCAAGCAUCAGCCUUCAAGUUACCCUCAGUGAUGCUCUUGACACUUUCAGUGAACCAGUCAGAGGCAAUCUGAGACUCAUCUGUUAUCAUCACCUACCCGGAAGCCAUUCAUCAUGAUUGACCUGAGUUAUCUGACAGAGGAAGAGCAAGAGAUGAUCCUGGCAGUGCUGAAGAGAGAUGCAGAGCUUAAGAAGUUGGAAGAACAGAGGGUCAAGCAGCUUCGUAAGACUGAGCGAGACAGAAGCAGGCUGAAGUACUUGACUGGGGAGUGGUUUUAUGAGACAAAGAAUCACAGACACAGAAACAGGAUCCAUGGCUCCGACAUCAUAAGAGCGUCCAUGAGACAGAAGAAACCCGUGACGAUAUUGGAACUUUCUCAAAGAUGGUCUGAAAAACCCAGUUGUGUUUAUGGUGAGAAGAAAGACGUGUACAUCCCUCCAGAGCUUUUAGGCCUUAUUGAGGAUCCAUCCACAGAAUCACACAAUGAGAGGGUGGAUGAUGAGUUGCCGGAAGCCCAGCGGGAAAGGCAGAGACCUCAAAUCAAGCCAAGGCAGAAUCCAUUCAAUAGUGUGCGAUCGCAGAGAGAUGAUGCCAGACUUAUCAAUGGAGUGAAAGAGGCUGAUCAGACACCUGCUGAGGAGACUUUCCUUCCAGCUGAGAACUACACACUCCAUCACACUACUCCAAACACAGACAACACUGACACCCACAUAGUCACACAAUACAAACCUGUGCCAAAAAAAAGAUUGCUGCUGUACUCCUGCAAGAACUCUUCCCUGGACACUGCCAUCAGUGACAAUGGAGUUAAACAGGUCAUGACCCCUGCUCCCAGAGGCAUCCUGAAGCACAACAUCUCUAGCUGUAACUCUACUGACUCCCUGCAUCUCCAAAUUUCUACCAAUGAUGACAGCAGCAGCAGUCAAUCUUCAGCUACAGUCAGCCCUUUCAGUCCUGAAACUCCCAACAGCCCUCCUCUUUCCCCCUGCUCAGUGCACUCUGCGUCAGGGUGGUUAGAUAGGAAACAGGUCCGCUUCUCCUCUGUCGUUGGGCCUAUAGAGAGAGUGCAAGGAGAGCACAGUGUGCUGGAAGAAGACUGGAGUCCUCUGUCGGAACAGGAUAGAAGCAAUAUCACAGACAACGGUCAUCAUGAGGUUUAUGGUGAGCCUCAGCCCUCACAGGUGUCCAACUUCCACGGCUUUACUGAGGUAGCAGGUAAGGCCAUUGGGUUAAGUGCAGAGGGCCAGACUGAUAAGGUUACAGUGGAAGAGGGUCAUUCAUUUUCUAAGGUACUUGAAUGGUUUGGGAGAGGCUCUCGAGAUGGAAAGCUGAAAGAGUCGCCAGUUAAGAAAGAGAUGAAUGAAGAGGAACCAAAAGAUCAUGAAAGCCCAGAAGCCAAGUCAGAAGAUUCAGUGCCUCCAGUUUUACAGCCAAAGACCAAGCCACCACCAAAGACACGGGACAGUGAGGAUGACAGCCCUGUCAACGCUGCCCUUGAACGAGCCAAUGCCAGACCCAUCUCUGUUUCCAAGAGUUUAGAGGGCCUGGCAUCCACACCUUUACAGAGAUGGAAGACUGACCCAAGGAGUGAUGUUGGGCUGAGUAUGGAAAAUGUAUCUGCAGUCACUUCCAACACCAAAACAUCCUUCUCCGACCCAGAACAGGUGAAGAUGAUGAGUAUGUCAGUGCCUGCAUUCAUGCAAGAGAUGGAUUUCAGAAACAGUGACUGUGCAUCAGUGAGCAGUUUCCCCUAUGACAGACUGAGAACAUGCAACACUCCUUCUAAUUUUAGCACUUGCUCUGAAGUGGCCUCCAUGUCCUCUGUCACUGGCAGUGUAAUGAGCAUCUACAGUAGUGAGUUUGGUAAUGUGGAGGUCAAAGGCACAAUCCAGUUCGCCAUUCACUACGUGCAAAAACUGGGAGAGUUCCACGUCUUUGUUGUGCAAUGCAAGGACCUCGCCGUGGCGGAUGUUAAGAGGAACCGAUCUGAUCCGUAUGUUAAAUGUUACUUGUUACCUGACAAAGCAAAAUAUGGAAAGAAAAAAACAUGCGUGAGGAAGAAGACUCUGGAUCCAACUUUCAAUGAAAUACUACGGUUUAAGAUUCCAGUGGAGACGUUGAAAACCCAGAAGCUGAACACCUCUGUGUGGCACAACGACACAUUUGGGCGUAACAUGUUUCUUGGAGAGGUUGAGCUCGAUUUGGCCGAAUGGGAUUUCAGUAACACUCAGAUGAAUGAAUAUUUACUUAAAGGAAGGGUCCAGGUUCCCACCAGCCCAAAACAUUCUGUCGGCAGUGCAGAAAUGAGUGCAGAGAUUAAAGUCGCUCUGCGUUUUGUCCCACAGACUUCUCACAGUCACACGAACAAGGGGAACGGUGAGGUGCAAAUAUGGGUGAAAGAAUGCAAGAAUCUGCCUAUUACCAGAGGUGUUGCCAUUGACCCCUUUGUCAAAUGCGCAGUCCUCCCAGAUACCAUCCGGAAAAGCCGUCAGAAGACCAGAGUGUUGAAGAGGGCAUCUAACCCAGUGUUUAACCACACCAUGGUGUAUGAUGGUUUCAGGCAAGAGGACCUCAAAGAGGCCUGCGUGGAGCUUACUGUGUGGGAUCACGACAGACUCAACAACCACUUCAUUGGAGGUAUUAGGCUGGGUCCAGGAACAGGUAAAAGUUAUGGCAGUGAAGUGAACUGGAUGGACUCGAAUGGUGCUGAAGCAGCCCUGUGGGAGAGAAUGAUGCAAUCUCCGAAUGAAUGGGUGGAAGAUAUUUUACCUUUGAGAAUGAUAGUCAUGGCAAGAAUGUCUAGAUAGUAAGAAACUGAGGCAUAUGGUGACACUUUUGAACAAAUACAUGAAAAAUGACUGUGAACAUGAAGAAUGCAGUAUGUAGGAACACAAUUUUUAAUGUUAAAUAUAUAGGAGUUAACUUGACGGUUUCUUGACAUUUUUGUUGAGGAAGACAAAGACAAUGAAAAAUAUAAUAUGCGUGUUAUUGUAAAGUAUGUGGAUUUAAUGUCUUAAAAUAAAAAUGCCUUAAAAUCUUUCAA